GUUAGUGCAACAUCGAUUUGCGGAAAUAUUAGAACACACUUCUUCAAAGAUGAGCGUUACUUUCAACUUCUUCAUCGUCGCUAUAUUGGCCCUUACAGCAACGUCUUUAAGUGCUUCGGAGCGCGAACCGUUAAGCUCAUCGGAUGCCACGACCGUCGAACAUUUCAUAUUGGGUAGCACCGUUGAUGGUGCUGUACCGAUUUACCAAUUUCAAGAGACCGUUACACCCAACAUUGACCAAAAUGAAAUAAUCGUUAAUAUACAAUAUCCGAAAUCAACUGAUGACACUGCGGUUAGCGAUUCAACAGACGCUGGCGAUCAACUUAUUACGAAAGUCAGUUUGUAUCUGGAGGGCGAUGCGGGCUUUACAUCUCAAGCGUACGCUACGGCGGGCGGCAUAGGCGAACGAAGUAUUACAGUACAGGUGGUCGCCACUAACACAGAGACACUACGCUAUAUUGUGAUUAUUGAUGGCUUGAAAGCUUAACUGGAAAAAUUAAAAACUAAAAUAUUUGUAAAAAACGAAGUUAUUUUUACAAAAUUUAAUAAAAAGGUGAUCGCGCUGUUUGAGUUAAA